AUGAAACGAAAGCACGAUGAAUCCGUAGACCUCAACGAGCUCAACGAGCUCCGGCGCCGCGCUGGAGAGCUGGUGGCUCGAGCUGGCUUGGAGAAUGGUGGGCCUACUCAGCAGGAUGCUUACAAGAAGUUGAUUCAUGAGUUUCUGGACGCUGGAGGGCCGCCUGAUGAUCUCAUCGUAAAAAUUGGCUGCCAGUUCUUUGGAUGUCCAGUGGGGAAAUCGACUCAAGGCCCCCUUCAGGAAGUUCACGUCGAGGGAGCCAAGGUCUUGGAUUUUGACUACCUUGAGGAGUUUAUGGUGCAAUGCUUUUUAGCCUCCGGAUGCCCUGAGAAAGAGGCCAGAGUCUCUGCAGGGGUGCUGAUUGAGGCCGACAAGAGAGGAAUUGACAGCCAUGGCAUUGGGCGCUUGAAGACCAUCUACUUGGACCGUAUUAAGAAUGGCAUCUUGAAGCCAUAUGCCCCCAUUGACAUCGUGAAGGAGACCGAAACCACGGCCCUGGUAGAUGGAAAUAUGGGGAUGGGCCUCUAUGUCGGACCCUUCUGCAUGGAACUUGCCAUUGCCAAGGCUAAGAAAUCGGGUCUUGGUUUCGUGGCUUGUCGGAAUAGUACUCACUAUGGCAUCGCAGGUUACUACACUUCAAUGGCCUGUGAAAAGGGCUGUGUUGGCUUUGCUGGCACCAAUGCCCGGCCCUCCAUUGCGCCAACCUUUGGUGUGGAGCCGUGCAUGGGAACCAAUCCUCUGUGUUUUGGCAUUCCUUCGGAUGAAGCUUUUCCCUUUGUGAUUGAUUGCGCUACUUCCAUUUGCCAGCGGGGCAAGAUCGAGAAGUAUGCCAGAUUGGGCAUGUCGACUCCAAAGGGCAUGGUGAUUGACAGCAAUGGAGAGGAGCGCACUGACACAGAGGGGAUUCUCAAAGGAAUGGUGAAAGGCGAAUGUGCUUUGACUCCUUUGGGAGGGGUCGGAGACGAACUGGGCGGCUACAAGGGCUACUCCUGGUCCGUGGUGGUGGAGCUCCUGAGUAUCGCCUUUCAAAACGGAGAUUUUGGACCCCAGCUGACUGGGGUGGAUGCUCAAGGAAAGCCAGCACCAAUGUCCUUGGGCCACUUUUUCCUGGCCAUCAACGUGGAAGCGAUUUGUGAUUUGGAGGUGGGAGCGGAAGGAGCGGAACGGAAGGUCUUCAAGAAGAAAACCGGCGACUUCCUUCGAUACUUGCGCAACUCCGCCAAAGAUCCCAACGGCCCUGGAAGAAUUUGGACCGCUGGCGAGGCUGAGAACGAGUUCCGAAAGAAGCGCAUGGCUGCAGGUGGGGUGCUUCCUGUGUAG